GGGGCAAGCAGGGAGCUCUGGCUCUUCAGGGCAAGCAGGGAGCUCUGGCUCUUCAGGACGAGGCUCUUUGGGGCAAGCAGGGAGCUCUGGCUCUUCAGGGCAAGCAGGGAGCUCUGGCUCUUCAGGACGAGGCUCUUCAGGACAAGCAGGAAGCUCUGGCUCUUCAGGACGAGGCUCUUCAGGACAAGCAGGAAGCUCUUCAGGACAACAACAAAAAAUCCAGGACCUUCCUAGUCCAAGCCAAGACAACAAGGGCGGUGAAUUAUCUAGAAUGAACCCCUACGCUGGCCUUGUGGACUGCCUGCGUGCCACCUGGCUGACGGGAAAGACACGUCCCAUGGAGUAUCGACAAGGGCAGCUGGAGGCCCUGAAUCGCUUCCUGGAGGAGAGGAGGUCGGAUCUCCUGCAUGCCCUGAAUCAAGACAUGCGAAGGCCCCAUUUCGAAGGGGAGGUUGCUGAGGUUGCCUUUACAAGGAGUGAGGUGAACAAUGCCCUUAACAACCUGAGCUGCUGGAUGAAGGAUGAGAACGUGAGCAAGAACUUGGCCACCAAGCUUGACUGUGCCUUCAUCCGCAAGGACCCGUAUGGCGUGGUCGUCAUCAUUGCACCCUAUAACUACCCCAUCAAUCUUCUCUUGGUGCCUCUUGUGGGGGCCAUCGCAGCUGGGAACUGCGUGAUUGUCAAACCCGCAGAGCUAGCCCGCCACACUGAAAGGCUUCUUGCCGAAGCGCUGCCUUGUUAUCUUGACCCGGAAACCUUUGCUGUAGUGACAGGUGGCUCUGAAGAGGUAACCAAACUCCUGGAGAACCAGUUUGAUUACAUCUUUUUCACAGGGAGUCCCCGCGUGGGAAAGAUUAUCAUGACUGCAGCAGCCAAACACCUGACCCCAUUGACUCUGGAGCUGGGGGGCAAAAACCCCUGCUACGUGGAUAAAUGCUGCAAUUUCCAGAAUGCGGCCAACCGAAUUGUCUGGGGAAAGUUCUUCAACGCUGGCCAGACUUGCAUUGCACCAGACUAUGUGAUCUGCACCAUUGAAACGCAGGAGAGGCUGAUGCCUUGCCUGCGCCAAGCUAUCCGUGAAUUCUACGGUGACUGCCCCCAGGAUUCACCCGACUUUGGCCGUCUGAUCGACGAUAAGCACUUCCGGCGCCUUCGAGCAUUCCUGGAAUGUGGCCGAGUGGCCAUUGGUGGAGAGUCUGAUGAAUGUGACCGUUACAUUGCCCCCACUGUACUGGCUGACGUGAAGGAGUGGGAGCCGAUCAUGCAAGAAGAGGUCUUUGGGCCCAUCCUGCCCAUUUUCACUGUGGGAGACUUGGACGAGGCCAUCCACUACAUCAAUAGAAAGCAACGUCCACUGGUUGCCUAUGCCUUCUCCUGUGACUGCAAGGUUGUGAACCACGUAUUGAAUUGUACAAGCAGUGGCAACUUCUCUGGCAAUGAUACCAUUAUAUACUCAACAUUGGUCUCCUUACCAUUUGGUGGCAUAGGAUACAGUGGCUUAGGCAAGUACCACGGCAAGUUCAGCUUCGACACAUUCACUCAUCAACGUGGUACACUCUUGCGCUGCAUGGGAUUGGAGGCAAUCAACACCGUUCGCUACCCUCCCUAUACCGAAGGCAAAUUACAAUUGUUGCUCUCCCUUGUUGACGUCAAGCGUAAAGGCAUGUGCACCUUGCUGUGAACUCCAUGAAUCACAUAUACCUUCUGGCCCCAGGAGCUGCUGGAAGAAUUUAGCUGCUGGAGACAGAGAAGAUUGUUUUAUCUGGCUCUCUCCUCGCCUCCCAAUAAGGCACUUGCCUAAACUCUUACCUCCCGGAAAAGCCUUGCCCCAUUAUCCUGAUUACUUGCUACAUGCCCCCCCACCCCUCCCCUUUUCCUGCUCC